AUGUCUGUACAUAGAACGUGGAUCCAAGAUGUAUUCAGAGCCGUAUACUCUUCGGACGCAGCCCCUGUCGACGAAGAGGCAAAGGCUGGCGGUUUCCGAACGACGGAGCUGGACAUUCUCAAUUUCAUCAAUGCGCAGUUUGCUGAAUCGGAUGCUGAAUCGGAUGCUUCAAGUCUGUACAUGCAGCCGCAUUUCAAGUUGCCCGUCAUCGACGUUGAUAUACAGCAGCCUGUCUGCUUCAACCCGGGUCUUUUGCCGCCCGACUCGAACCCUGCCAGCAAGGUGGAUGGCAAGAUGGACAGUCAACAGAGAGAGCAGGUCUCGAGAUUGGAAAACCUGGAAACAGUGUACCCCGAAACGGUGAACAAAUGUCGCACACUGGACAGGUACAUCCACGAGUCCAUCACCGGGCUUGAUCUCAACUCCCGCAACGGCAACCAAGUGGUGUCUCGUUUUGUUUUGUAUGAAGAGUGGCACUCCUGGGUCCUUUAG